AAAAGUACCGGUUUGGUACUGGUAUCGGAUAAAACCUAAAUGAUACCCAUCCCUGCUUAUCACAGGGUGUCACAUGUGUGUUCAUACGUGUGGCCACGCCCCUGCUGUUGCAGUGAUUAGUCAGCUGACUGCAAGAGCAAAACUUUAUGCGUGUGUGUGUGUUUGUUUUGCGCUCUCUCUCUUGCUCUUUCUCUCUGCGUAUGCAACCGGUGUCUCUCGCCCUAAGGCCUAGAAUAGCUGCACUGCUGUUUUUGUCCAAUCACGUGCUGCGGACCGGGAGAAUGAGGUCGUUGUUGUUGGUCAGAAUGAGGCGUCAGAGGAUCUUUGGCGUGAUAUGGAGGAAACGGGCAGAGUGAGCACUCUGUCCUUUUAACUCUUUUUCCAUCAGUUUUCUUCUUCCUGUUUGCAGCAUUUUGUCCUCUUCCUCUCUUCCCUGUGAUUUUACUGAACUUCGAUUCUUCAUAUUUUUCCUGCUCCGUGGAGCUCAUCCUGCACGUUUUCAGCGUGUUGGAGUUUCUCUCGUGGUCGGUCAUCUUGAAGUUGGAUCUUUAUUGUUCAUGUUUUUUGUUCUCGUUAUUGUCCCGUCCUUCGUCUCCAAACACACCCUCACUUCCUACUUCCUGUUUCCCAUUUCCUGGUUUGUGUCGAUGAGUGAAGACGGUCAGAGUGAGUUUGGUUUCCAUCAUGUCUCUGUUUGAACGCUGCCGACUCAUCGUGGAAGUGCUGAAGCAGCUUCAGGGCACCAUAGAAGAAGAGUCUGGGGAGGCUUGUGGCUCUCAGCUGGAGCUCAUUGGACGGUUAAAAGAGCUGAGUCUUGAUUCGGCCGGCUUUAAGUCCCGAUCCCGCCCUCUCCUAGCCCCCGGCUCCACCUCCUCAUCCUCUGGAGCUCCUGUAGGAGCAGUGGGAGGCUCCGGAGCUCCAGGCCCCUCAACAAGUGCUGCCUUUCCCAGGAGAGGGCUGCCAUCUGCGGGCAGAGACGGCCACGACCGCUGCCUGGAGGAGCUGGAGAAAGAGAGGUCUCUCCUAUUGGCGGAGCUGGAUAAGGAGGAGAAGGAGAAGGACUGGUACUACGCUCAGCUGCAGGAUCUCACCAAGAGGAUCGACAGUCUGCCGCUCACUGGGAAUUUCUCUCUACAGACCGACUUAAAUCGCCGUCAGCUUGAGUAUGAUGCCCAUCAGCUGCGAACAGCGAUGGAGAAGCAGCUGGGCUCCUGUAAGGAGAUGGAGAGGAGAGCUCAGACUCGCGUGGCUCGGAUACAGCAGAUAGAGAAAGACAUCCUGCGGCUCGGGGUCCGGCUGCAGGUAACCUCACCUGUUGAAGGUGCUCAGGGGGCGAGCGAAAGCAGCGGAUUGGCUGGGGCGCAGAGCGCAGGCACUCGUUUGGAUCACGAGCCAGCCAAUGAGACGAGCUAUUCUGUGCCUCGACGAAUCACCAGCCAUCUGGGAACCAAAGUGGAGAUGGUGUACAGCCUGCUGUCCAUGCUGGGGACACACGAUAAGGACGACAUGUCACGGACGCUGCUCGCCAUGUCAAGCUCACAGGACUCGUGCAUUGCUAUGCGUCAGUCUGGCUGUCUGCCGCUGCUCAUUCAGCUGCUGCAUGGCAACGACAAGGACUCCUUGUUGCUAGGUAACUCCCGUGGCAGUAAGGAGGCACGCGCACGGGCGUCAGCGGCGCUCCACAACAUUGUGCACAGUCAGCCGGACGAUAAGAGAGGGCGGCGAGAGAUCAGAGUGCUCCACCUGUUGGAGCAGGUGCGCCAUUACUGCGAGGCAUGCUGGACCUGGCAGGAGAAUCAUGAGAGGGGUGUCGACCAGGAGGACAACCCCAUGCCGUCCCCUGUGGAGCAUCAGAUUUGUCCAGCCGUCUGUGUCCUCAUGAAGCUGUCCUUUGACGAAGAGCAUCGGCACGCCAUGAACGAGCUCGGCGGUCUGCAGGCGGUGGCGGAGCUGCUACAGGUGGACUGCGAGAUGUUCGGUCUGAGCAGCGAUCACUACAGCAUCACUCUGCGGCGAUACGCUGGCAUGGCACUCACCAAUCUCACCUUUGGAGAUGUAGCCAAUAAGGCCACUUUGUGCUCUAUGAAGGGCUGCAUGCGAGCAAUGGUCGCUCAGCUCAAGUCUGAGAGUGAAGACCUGCAGCAGGUGAUAGCUAGCGUGCUGAGGAACCUGUCCUGGCGUGCUGAUGUUAACAGUAAGAAGACGCUACGUGAGGUCGGCAGUGUCCGAGCGCUGAUGGGCUGCGCUCUCGAGGUGCAGAAGGAGUCGACGCUGAAGUCUGUACUGAGUGCGCUCUGGAACCUGUCGGCUCACUGCACAGAGAAUAAGGCUGAUAUCUGCGCUGUGGACGGUGCUCUGGCGUUUUUGGUGGGGACACUGACGCAUCGCAGCCACACCAACACACUCGCCAUAAUUGAAAGUGGUGGUGGCAUCCUGCGAAACGUCUCAAGCCUUAUCGCCACCAACGAGGCGCACAGGCAGAUCCUACGGGAACAUGGCUGCCUGCCAACGCUGCUGCAGCACCUGAAGUCUCACAGCCUGACCAUUGUGUCCAACGCCUGUGGCACGCUCUGGAACCUCUCUGCCCGCGACACCAAAGACCAGGAGGCCCUCUGGGAGCUGGGCGCCGUGGGCAUGCUGCGCAACCUCAUCCAUUCACGCCAUAAAAUGAUCGCCAUGGGCAGUGCCGCUGCGCUGCGUAACCUGAUGGCCAACCGCCCAGCACGCUACAAGGAUGCCAGCGUGGUGUCUCCUGGUGCAGGCGCCCCAUCACUACAGGCCCGUAAACAGAAAGCUUUAUUCGAGGAGCUGGAUGCACAACAGCUGUCGGAGACCUUCGACAACAUCGACAACCUGAGCCCCAAGGCGGCGCACAGGAAGGGGCGGGGCUGUAAUGGUGCCACAGGAGGAGCAGGCAGCGUCACGCGCUCAUAUACCAACACGCCGGUGCUAUCGAGCCCAAAGAAUGGAGACGGAUCAAAGAGGGCAAGCGAGGAAGCAGCAUACACUCGCUCAGUGUUCCCGCCCAGCGUGCGGGCGUCCAGCGACAGCCUUAACAGUGUGACGAGCGCUGAUGGUUACGGCAACCGUGGGAAGACCAAACCGUCCUCUGAACCCUUCUACUCGUCAGACGAGAGCAGCGCUAACAAGUGUUGUGUCUACAGGAAGUACCCAGCUGAUCUGGCCCAUAAGAUACGCAGCGCCAACCACAUGGCGGACGAUGACGGCGGAGAGCUGGACACGCCCAUAAACUAUAGCCUCAAGUACUCUGACGAACAGCUGAACUCUGGGCGCCAGAGCCCUAAUCAUCGCGGCGCCAUUGAGAGCGAUGAUGACAGUGAGCAGGACGCCAGACUGAGGAGGAACGACGGCAGUGAUUCAGCAGCCGGUAGCGGGCACAUGGCAGCAGUUUCGCCUCCACGCUAUGUCGUUGUCACAGCAACGUCGAAUUAUGGUACAGAGUCUACGACCGAGCAGCCAAUCGACUACAGCUUAAAGUACGGCACUGAUGCCACACGUAAAAAGCUCUUCAAACCAGAGGAGACCACCUCCUCCUCUAUUCCACCACCCCCUUCAAACUCUGCCAGCAAGCUCCGCCCACCACCUCCUCCCAGCACCCGGGGGGCGCCAAAAAGCAACCAGGAGUCGACACAGACAUACUGCGUAGAGGACACACCCAUCUGCUUCUCCAGAGGCAGUUCGCUAUCCUCGCUGUCCUCUGAAGAGGAGGAAGACGGUGAUGUCAUAACAAGAAAGAGGAAAGGGGGGAGCGGCGGCGGUAUCGACUACCCGACACUCCCUGUCAGUGAGAAGGACGCACAUGAGCAGCAGCAGCGAAAAGAGGCUGAGAGCCAGACCACUGCUGCACCAUCCACACGGGGGCGCCGUAGCCACCACCACCACCAUAGCCAUCAUCAUCACCACCAUCACCAUGUGAGUUCAUCAGGCGCAAGGACUCCUAAGAGCCCGCCGGAGCAGCCGUACGCUCAGGAGACACCGCUGAUGUUCAGCCGCUGCACGUCCGUCAGCUCGCUCGAGAGCUUUUCCACCUCCUCCAUUGCCAGCUCCGUGCGUUCCAGCGAGCCCUCCAGCGGCAUGCCGAGCGGCGUGGUGAGCCCCAGUGACCUGCCCGACAGCCCAGGUCAGACCAUGCCACCAAGCCGUGCCAAGACACCACCACCGCCGCAGAAGACGAAGGAGGAGGAAAAGGCCAAGAAGAAGGAUGAGGAGGAAAGCAGUGCCGACGUACUGCUGCACUUUGCCACCGAGAGCACGCCGCAUGGCUUCUCCCGUGCCUCCAGUCUGAGCGCACUCAGUCUGGAUGAGCCCUACAUUCCCGCGGAGAUGAAAAAGAAGAAAGAGGAGGAUGAGGGUGGGGUUGAGGAGAGGAAGGAAGAGCCUCCUAAACCCAUCCUUGAUGAAUCAGAUGAUGACGAUGACAUUGAGAUCCUGGAGGCAUGUAUCAACAUGGCCAUGCCCAAAUCAUCACGGAAACCAAAGAAGCAGCAGCAAGCAGCACCACGGAAACCAAGCCAGCUUCCUGUCUACAAAAUCCUCUCACCUCAAAGCCGUGCCCAACCGCAGCCCAGGAAGGACAUGCCGCCGCCGGAGGAGGUGCCCAGAGUUUACUGUGUGGAGGGAACGCCGCUCAACUUCUCCACUGCCACGUCUCUUAGUGAUCUGACCAUUGACUCCCCACCCAAUGAGCAGAUGGGAGCGGGCCUCGUACCUGUAGCCCAACCCACCUCUGCCCCUAGGAGAAGGGCAGGGUUUCCUGAGGGCGAGAACGGAGAUGACAUUCUCGCCGAGUGCAUUAGUGCCGCCAUGCCCAAAGCCAAACCCAGGAAGCCUGUCAGAGCAGCAGCAAACAGCGAGCACUUGCAAACCCCGCCUUUACCGCCUCCUCUCCCUCCAACGGCCCCGUCUCCCCUUGGCCUGCAGCAGCAGAAGAAGAAGCCAACAUCGCCUGUGAAGCCGAUGCCUCAGCGGGCGCUGUAUGGCGUCACCACAACAGCAGCUGCAAAAGCAAAGCCGGGAUUCGCAUUUGACUCGCCGCGCCACUACACACCGAUUGAAGGAACGCCAUGCUGCUUCUCACGCAAUGACUCACUGAGCUCGUUGGACUUUGAUGAAGAGGAUGGCGGCGAGAAGGACAAAGAAGAAAAGAAGGCAAAAGAAGAAGAAGGCAGGAAGAAGAAGCAGCAGACAGCUGCCGUUUUUCCACGCACAAAACCACCGACCAAUCAAACGGCCACGGACGAGAAGCAGAAGUUCGCUAUUGAGGACACGCCCGUAUGCUUCUCCAGGAACUCCUCGCUGAGCUCACUGAGCGACAUCGACCAGGAGAACAACAACAAGGAGUUUGCCCCACCCCCGCCGGAGCAGCAAGACAAAGGCAAAGAGGGGGCAAAGUCUCCACCCCCUCCAGCAGAGGUGGAGUCAAAGCCUCGCCCCCCUGCGGCCACUGGCUACGCACCUAAAGCCUUUCAUGUUGAGGACACGCCCGUGUGCUUCUCCAGGAACUCCUCGCUGAGCUCACUGAGCAUAGACUCGGAGGACGACUUGCUGCAGGAGUGCAUCAGUUCCGCCAUGCCCAAGAAGAAAAAGAAAACCACCACCCUCCCUGUACCCGCCCCGCCUCUAUCUGUCUCCAAAGCUGAAGAUGGCAUUCUGGCUGAGGAGGAGCCUUCAGAUGCACCAAGGAGCCCUGCCUCUCCAGAUUCAGAGUCCUUUGAUUGGAAGGCCAUCCAAGAAGGUGCCAACUCCAUCGUCAGCAGCUUGAAUGCCGCUGCCGCUGCCUCCUCACUCUCCCGCCAGCCAUCAUCAGACUCUGACUCGGUCCUGUCGUUGAAAUCUGUCGGCUCGCCCUUCCACCUUACAACAGCUAAUAACAACGAAGAGGAGGAGGAACCAGAGGAGAAGACAAAGCGAGGCGCGAGGAUCCUGAAGCCUGGUGAGCGCAGCACGCUGGAGGCCAAGAAGAAGAGAGAGGAGGAGGAGGAGGAGGAGGAGGAGGAAGCGAAGGCUUUGAGGGGCGGGAAGAAGGUGUACAGGAGUCUGAUCACUGGAAAGCCAAGAGCGGAGCCGGCAGCCAGGGGGCGGAGCAAGCCCCGAGCAGCUGCUGUGGCCAAAGCUCCUGGAGGCAGCGAUGUAGAUCGAGUGGGCGGGUCCUCUCGGGACUCCACCCCAUCUCGCUCCACCCCAGCACCCAGUCAGAAAGGAGGGAAGCUCUCGCAGCUGCCACGCACGGCUUCUCCAGGAAGUGCAUCAUCAUCCUCUGCAUCCAGGACCACUAAACCCACCACAACCCCGAAGAGUGGUGGUGGCAUCCCGAGAAGCGAGUCCACAUCGAGAGUCAGUGGCUCCACUGCCGCCAAGAAGCAAAAGGCGGAGCCUGAGAAGCCGGCACUCGUAAGGCAGUCAACCUUUAUCAAAGAAGCUCCGAGCCCGACACUGAAGAGGAAGCUGGAGGAGACUGCAGUGGCAGCCGCUCUCGAGUCGCCAUCCAGCCCAGACACGCCACUACCUUCAACCGCCAGGAGAAACGACGUCAACCGUUCACACUCUGAAAGCCCGUCACGCCCACAGGAAGUGACAUCAUCUCGCUUCAGCCGCACCGGCACCUGGAAACGGGAAAACAGCAGCGGGGGAGGCGGAGCCAGCAGCGGGAAACACUCAACCUCUCUGCCGCGCGUCGGCACCUGGAAAAGAACGGGAAGCUCAUCGUCCGUGCUGUCAGCAUCCUCCGAGUCCAGCGAGAAGGGACGGAGUGAGGAGGAGAGUGCCAUGAGAUUGAAGGGAACAUGGAGAAAGGCAAAGAGCAGCGGCGACCCAUUCAGCAACCGAGGCUUCGCCGACAAGUCCGAAGACGUGUGGGUCCGGCUGGAGGACUGCCCUGUCAACAACCCCCGCUCCUCCUCCUCCUGCUCUGCCCGCUCGCCUACUGCCAUCAAUGCCCCACCCAUCAUCGACAGCCCCGCUCCCUCCAAGAUCCCGUCUUCCUCCUCCUCUUCCUCCUCUAACCUUAACCUGCGCCGCAGCUGCGAGAGCCUUGACGAAAAGCCAGCGCCGAUCGAGAGCCGGCCGCAACAGCCGCCGCACCAGCAGCAGCGCGCUCAGCAGCGCAGCGGUGCCGUUGCGGCCCGAGUCAGCCCCUUCAACUACACGCCAAGCCCAAGGAAGAGCAGUGCUGAAGGCACAGCACCCACUACCACCACAUCAUCUUCCACUACCCCUACGCGGCCCUCCCUUAUCCCCACCCCAAUCACGAAGAAACGCGAGCCAAAGGGAGGCGAGGGUGGUGGCAGCAGUGGGGGCGGUGGCAGCAGUGGGGGCGGUGGCGAACGCGGCUCAUACAUCGUGACAUCUGUGUAAAUAUGCAAGACCAACAGGAAGUGUUUAUGAGAUGAACUGUACAGAAAGUGAGUGUAUUUAAGUUCUGUGCCCACCCCCUCACCUGCUCCUCUCUCCUGAUUGGCUGCUGCCAGCUGUCCAUCAACUCAAAGAAACUCUAACAUGAACUUUUUAUGUUUUUAUACCACUAAAGAUGUGUAGCGCUUAGCUCUGCCCCCUGCCUUACCCUGCAUGGCCCCACCCCCCUAACAUGACAGUAACCAUGGACACUGAUGAUGAUGAUGUUGAUAAUUCAGCGCCUUUGAUAGUUUUUCAUGUUUUUUGAGUUUGGUUCUGAACAGAACAGUUGGAUCCAACCAAUCAGUGAGCCCCCUCUCAGCUUCUGACCAAUCACAUUCAGUGUCUUUGAGUCAGUCAGAGACCCGCCCUUCAGUUGGUCAUCUGUUCUGUCAGAACCUCUCUUCUUCUUUGGAAGUCUGCUGCCGACUCGAAUACCUGACCCACCUGAGACGGUUGACGAGGCAUAGCAGAAGACUUUCUGUGUGUCGCCAUGGAAACAGAUAACACUGUAAACCGUAAGUUAUUGCUGUAAACUGAACUGAAGCACAUAAUUUAAAUGAGCAGAUUUUUGGUUCUUGAUUUUAAAUCUGAACAUUAAACGAAUGCAACACGAUACCAGCUUUCUGUUUUUACUGAUCCACUUCCUGUCUGCUGUCUGAUUUCAUGUGACAACAUAAAUCUGCUGCUCUCUGUGGCUCUGUCAAUAAAGUUUGAAACACUGGUGUGA